CAUGAAGUUGAACAGCACCUAAUAACAAUAUGAUGCUGUCGUGCGCUUCCCAAUCGCAAGAUUGUCAUUGUACCUGCGGGAAGGUGGCAGUAGCCGUCCGUGGCUCUGCGACGUACGCAGCCUAUCCAAGCUAGCAUAAAUUUCGUAUUUCUCGAGUGCGUUUCUUCCUGCCUACUGUUGGCGUGUUAAGUUUGAGCUGCUCUUGUCCGCGCGUUGUAUGCGCCUUUUUACCCGUGAACGUUACUUAUCUGUACCUAGCAGUUGUCAGCCUGUGAGCUUCUGCCAAAUGUGAACCUGUUUUUAACCGACUUCUGCUUGGCUGCACUUGUAUGCAGAGUUAAGAUGGCUGCUGCGUGUUCCCCGCCGUGGCACCGCAUCGGGGACUCGCCGGAUGGCGACUCUGCGGGUAGUCCUUCCGGCUCAAAACUGGGGCCAACUGAUGCUACGCCAGAACGACCGUCGAGCCGCAACACCAGCUCCCCGGAAGAUAGCUGCGCCAUUUGCUUGGGAGCGCCUGAGAAUAAGUCAUUCACAGACAGCUGCUUUCACCAGUUCUGCUUUGCCUGUCUUGCCGAGUGGGCCAAAGUCAAAGCCGAAUGUCCUCUCUGCAAGCAGCGAUUCAAAAGCAUCAUCCACAGCGUCCGCUCGCUCGAAGACUACGACCAGUACUUCGUCAGUGACCUGCAACGAGCCCCGGCGUAUUCGAUGCAGGUGGUUUAUGAGAGGAGGUUUCGGUUCGCCACCACGAUGACUGCCGAGCGGCGGCAAGAACUGGAAGCAAUGCGACAAGAGCGCGAGAGGCGGACUCGGCACUCCUCCGCAACUCACCGAAAUCGGAAUCGCUACCUCCCCAGAGGGGCCACAACGAGUGCCGAGAGAUUUCAGCUGUACGCGUCGGACCUGUGGGCUGUCCCCAGCAUGUCGCAGUAUCGCGAAGCAUCGCCCGAGUUCUACCGUGAGAACCCAGCUUGCACCCACCGUUUGGUCCCCUGGCUGAAUCGUGAGCUGAAUGCAUUGAUGCAGCAGAAUCGAAGCCGUAUAGUGGCUGCUAUGGAUCACGUCAUGUCGUUAAUCCUGAAUUUAGACAUCAGGCAUCUUGACUUUGCCCAGAACAUGGAACCUUUCCUCCGUGAGCAUACAGAGCACUUCGUCCACGAGUUCUUUUUAUUUGCUACAUCAGUGCAUGACAUGGCUGUAUACGACCAACAUACAGUGUACUCCUCACGCCCUGAGGCUUGCUCUCGGGUGGACCCCGUCAAUUGGUUCAGGCGCUCCUUGCGGGAAUCCGAACGAGCAGCUGCGCUGGAAUCGCGCGCUGCACCAGUUGCUGAACGUCAUGACUCGCCUCAACCAGGCCCCAGUGGACUCGCUGUCGCAAGGGAGGUGGUAGUUGCCACAUCCGUGGACAGCGAUAGUGACUCUGACAGCUCGGACUGCAUCGUAGUGGAAAUGGUCAAACCGCUCGGGGAGAGGACUCCCAUCGUGAUCAACCUGGUGUCUUCUGACGAGGACGAUGCCUCUGCACAUGGAAGCCAUCAGGCAGGCCUAUGUGACCAGGAGGCGGGACCGAGCCAUUCUAAUUGCCCAUUGGAAGACCGUAAGCCUCUCGAACGUCAUGCCACAAGUGAUAGGUCAUCGAGCGAUACUGAUGAUGGGCAUGCGCGAAGUCGGCACUCCCAAGCACGCACGCGAAAGCAUUCAAAGCCAGCGCGCUACAGGGGACGAACUCCAGACAGCCAUGGCUCCUCCUCACGGUCUGGGCAACGGCAUCAGAGAGAGGUUCUGUAUGCUGCAGGCACACGCCGUGGCUCGAACAGCCGGAGUAGUACGUCGUCGAACGAGGAUAGCCAGUCCUCUGCUCGGCAAAGACAGCGGCGAAAGCUGGUCAGCGUUGUUGGCGCUGUGAACAUUGCUAGCAAGCCACGCGAGACAUCGCACCACGAGCGACAUCAUUCCCACCACCAUCGCCAUGAACACAGGUCUAGGAAAAAGUCUACAAGAAAACAUAAGCACAGGAGGCACAGGUCGUCACAUGAUUUUUAGCUCUAUAUAUUUGUGUACAUAUGUAAAUUAUAUGACGGCUUUUUUAUAUA